AUGCAGUCGCCGUCUACGUUACCCAAAGCGCAAGUAUCCUGCGCCGAAUACGGCAGCAACGUCGCCAGCCUUGCAUCCCUGUCCCACAGCGACCAUCUCAUCCCCGGCAGCCACUACGAUAGCCUCGCCAGCUUCCUCCACCCCUCGCGACGCGGAAACGGGAACGGUCCGUAUGCAAAGCGUCAGAGCAGUGCGGCUGCUGCUGUGGCCGCCGCCCACGAUCCCUCGGACGAUUUCUGCUUCGUGACCGUCGUCGACAUCGCCGACAAGGUGGAGGUGCGUGACCUGCUCAACCCGGUCGAGUACACCGAGGGGCCCCAGAUCGGGAAGGACAGGGCGCAGAUCGUGUUCCUCCGGGGCUAUCCAUCGGCCGCGUGGCUGAACACGUUGGGCACCGCGCUCAAAGUCGAUCCCGAGUUCUGGCGCAGUCAUAUGCUGCUGCUGCGGAGAGACGACCACUACGACUGGCCGCGUCUGCCGAGCUUUAGCCACGGCAUUCUACAGCUGCGAGUGGGCACCAUUGUCAAGCCCAGCUCGGCCAUCACACGCAAGGAGGUCAAGAGCGGGCGCCAGUGUGACUUUGACCAUCUGCGGAAGCAGCAGGCACAGGCACAGGACGUCAGUGCGUCGAUUGUGCGGAACCUGCACGCCUACAGCGAGUGGGUGUGCAGCAUUGACCAGAAAAUCUCCUGCACCGUUGUGCACAGGUCCGAAGGAUGGGCGGCCAUCGUAUGGCUUGACGUCGGCAGACCGCUGCCGGUCCUGCCGUUUCCCACGCCCGUCACGGACUUUACAUGCACGCCCAUCAUUGCCACCCGCAGGAAGGUCUCGCUGCAGUCGCCGGAUGGCGGCGGUAUGCCGUCGACGGCGCAAAACACAAUGCUGCUGGCAGCCCAGUACGGCUUCAAGGGCCUGCGCGACCACGCCGACCUCAUGCGCAAGUCCCCCUUGUAUGCGCUGAGUGAUGUAUUCCGGCACUGCGCAUGCAGUUUGAGCCAAGUGAUCGACAUGCUGCAGGCCCAUGUGAGCGAAUCCCUGCUCAAGGUCAAGAGCCAGGAGGAGCUGUCCCUGGCCGACCUCAGCGCCUUCAAGCAGGAGCUGGACGGCCAAGCGCAGCACGUGCGGACCGUGCUCGACUUCCUAGGGCACCGGGCGUGUGCGGCCGCGUGGAUGACGAAACCCUCACCCCAGCCGGCAUUGACGUCGCCGUUGCCACAGCAGGCCGGUCCGAGUCGAAAUGGCUCAUCCAGCAAGACAGCAGACGACCGGACUACCGCAACAGACGUGGCCGAAGCCACUCUGAAAGAGUUGACGUCCGACUACAGUGGUCUCCUGCAGCGUUUGCAAGACUUAUCAGCGCAGUGCAAAGAUGGCGUGGAUACCAUACUCAACGCGGCCCAGCUGCGCGAGUCGCGUAAUGCCAUCAGCCAGGCGGCGGAGGUCCAGUGGCUCACCCUGCUAAUCUCCGUCUUUGCACCGCUCUCCCUGAUUACGUCGGUCUUUGGCAUGAACUUUGUGGACAUUCCCUGGAAAUCCGCUUUGCCUAUAGUUUUGGUCUUAUCUUUCGUUACCGUGCUUGUUGGUUUUCUUGUCGUGAAAAGACACCGUAUACUAAAAAAACUCCGUGACUUGCUUUCUUGA